AUGAAAAUAGUAUUAAAUCGCAUUAGAGAAGAAAAUACUUUCGAUCUUGAUUACUUUAAUCCAAAGUAUUAUUUUGAAACGGAAUGGUGUCUUGAUAUGCAUGGUUAUCUUGACAGGGAAGAAUUAGAAGCUCGUAUUGAAGAAAUCAAUAGAAUAGUCGCUGCAAACCCAUUGCUGAGUGAAAGAGCAAAAAAGGGUCUUUUAUGUGUUUUCGUCUUACUUUUCGUUACUUUGGGUGGGUUUAUUGCUGGCUUCGCGGCUAAACAAAAUGGUGAUUAUGUUGCUCCCUCCGUGAUACAAACUAUAAAUGUUCUCGCUUACUUUGUGGGGAGACAUUUAGUCAAUCAAGCAGCAGGACGUCGCUCCUCACAAUUUUCUAAAGCUAUAAACAUAUUGUUUGACCGAUAUAACGUCAAAGACAACCCAACUGCCAAUUGGAAACUCAAGUGGCGUAAAGUUCUCACUCAUUAUGAUGUAGGAAUGAAACAUACAUCUAAAAAAAAUAGUGUUAAAAGUAAGGGAAAGAUAACGCCAAAGUAUGCUGAGGAAGCAGAGAUAGAGCUAGAAAUUAAUGACGCCCUCGCUGAAAUCACCGAGUGUACCAUCCGUUUGCACCUUUAUAGAAAUAAUAAACUUAGAAGAAUUACUAACCAACAAGAGGAACUUGAGAGACUUCUUGCAUCAAACGAGGACUUUUCAAUCACCAUCGAUGAUAAGAAAUUACCUGAAAUUCCUUUCAAUUACGUACAACCUUCCAACAACACACACCGACCUAACAACAUGCCUCCAUUUAAUAACACACCUCGACCUAACAACACGCCUCUAUUUAAUAACACACCCCAACCUAACAACACGCCUCCAUUUAACAACACGCACCCUCCCAACAAUACUGAGAUGUCAGUAAUUUCUGUGAGAAAUACUGAAAGUUUGAACGCUAAUAACAAUAAUAGAAAGAUGAAUAAUAUAAACGACAAUGAGAAUGAAAAAAUGAAUUACGCCAAUCCUCAGACAAAUAUGGUAAUGGUUAAUUCUUCGAUUCCCUAUAAUCCACAGAUGAGCUCUACAUAUACGGGUCAAAAUAACAACCAAAAUUAA